UUCAAUUAAACGUCAAAUUGUUAAAAUUGCAUUAUCGUUUACAAAUCAUAAAUAUCACAAGCAUUCCAUGGGUGAGCAUAUUGGGACAAAGGAUGGAGAACAGUACCCACUGCUGAAGGUAGACAGUGGAGGGAGCGAUGGGAGCAUUCGAGUUCCACCAGCGCCCCCCUGUAUUAUCACUUCCGGCUGUCACACUACUCGUACUCCAAAGCAAUCGUGGAUGGAUCGUUGGCCCGAAUUCGUUUCGGCUUGCUGGAUAACAUUUAUUUUAAUUGCAAUAUCAUUUCUUGCUUUUUACACCCUGGGCAUAAAUGCAUACCGGAGACAGCCAUUGAUCAUCAAUAAAUGUAAUGCUUCGAAACUGGCCAGCACCGUUACCUACCAUCAUAUAGUACCACGUGGGAGUUACGUCUCCUUUCUCGUGUAUUCAGACUAUAUUUCAAGCAUUGCACAGCAAUAUCCUUCGCUUCAAAUUAAUGUAUUUUUUCUAAUGGAUGAUUCCUCUCAAACGCCAAUCCAAGGUUCGAGGCAUACGAGAUUGUAUAAUAAGCUAAUUCAAUCUACUAAUAACAUAUUGGAUAUUUUCGACCAGAAUAAUAAAAAAGAGAUUAGGAUAAUCCAGAAAAAGUACCCGAAUGUAAAUGUUACGACAAUGCUUCUAAGCAAAUAUAUGGCUUCAACUCCUCAUAGGUAUAAAUGGAGAACAAUCCCAAUAUACUUCUUAAACUUCUACGUGAGAGUAUUUACAGUGUGGCAGUAUGGCGGCAUAUCUAUGGACCUCACAACUUACAACGAUAUAUAUAUCAUGCGCCGACAUCUAGACAGAAGAAUAUCUGCAAUAUUAAGACAGCACAAUGACGGAAUUGAAAGUGAAAAGUACGUAAAUGCAUUGAAAAGAAUUAAUGAGGAAGAACAAAACGAAUUUUUUGCUAUGUUUAACUUGCUGAUCCAUCAUGUUUUAAACGAAACGUGUUCAUUUUUCAAUCGGUCUUUAUGGUAUAAUAGUGAAGCAGUUCCCGGUUUAUCUGUCAACAAACAUACCAUUCGUUCUCAGAGAAAUAAGCGUGACAGUCGGGUAACAUAUGAAGGUGAAUCGGAUUUGAACAACUUAGCAUUAGGCGUAACAACGACAGUGAAAUCGAGUACCACCGAUUUCAAAGAAAACGGAACAUACGCUAGCGCAAGCAGUAGUAUGAAUGACACGGCAACUUCCACUAAUGCUACUACGAAUGAAGUAAGAAAUAAAACAUUCACUUCUGAGAACUCCACUACUUUUGAUAACAUCACUAAGCACUCCGUUGCAGAACUAGAUAAAGUAGUCAAUUUUACCAAUACUCACGAUGGACUGUUGCCAUAUAUAGCAUUUUAUGAUAUAUCAAUACUAACAGAUAGUAUUCCUAACAUGCCAUUCCCGUCAGAAUUUAUUAACCCUCCGAAGCCAAUCAAUCAAUUUGAAACAUAUGAAAUUGUUACAGAAAAUUUAAACAUAUAUGAUCAUCAAUUAACUUUGCCAGUUCUAGUUAUUAGCACAGAUGGAACUUUUGUGGCAGCACCAACAAGACGCCAUCCAAUGUUAGCCUACCUACUUUCGUUCGCAUGUGAAAGGGUUAGCCCUAUUUUGGCCAUAAAUAGAGCUAUGAUGUCCCAGUGUACAGGAAUAUUCAAAAACGAUAUGCAUUGUGAUAAUAUUUAUGUUCUGUGA